UAAGUACUUUGUUUGAUAAGUCUUAGCUCAAGCUUUUUCAUUUCACACACUUAUUUGAGGUGCUGUGGAGCCAAGUCUAUUAUCCAUCUCUUUCCUAAUGAUUUCCCUUCUAGACAGAAUUCAACUAAUAUGGACUCGUAUCAAGAAAAUAAAUCAAAGAAGAGAAGUGAAAACUUCAAUAGUAAAGUUGAUCAUAGAAAAUGAAUCACAUUCUCACAUAGUAGAUGACCACUGCCCUUUGGAUGAAGAUGUCAUCGCGGAGAUAUUAGCAAGAUUGCCAGCAGAAAGCCUUAUCCAAUGUGAAAGGGUUUGCAAAAGUUGGUUUAGAAUGAUUCAUGAUCCAAUCUUCGUACGCAGAUCUAAGCAAGUAUUCAUCACUUUAAAUUUUUUACUUAAAAUAUCAGACAAUUUAUGGUUCAAUUAUUUUGAUAUUGAAGAUGCCUAUGAUGGGCUGAUAAUGCUUAAAAAAUCUAUUUAUAAUGGCAAUCUCCGCAUCUAUAAUCAUAGCACUGGCCAGAUGAGCACCAUCCCUCAUGUGCCACUAACGAGUUCAAGUUCAAGGAAUUUCUAUUCAUUGGUAUAUGAUGUUUCCAUCCGAAAGUACAAGAUAGUUUGCUUUUGUUUGAGUAAGAAUAUGGUCAAGUGUUAUAUAUAUGUUAUGGAUAGUAAUGAUGAUGAAGCUCCUGCUUGGAGGGAUUUGAGCUUUUCUUUCAUGUCAAACUUUCCGAUUCAUCCCCAUCACACACAAGCCCAUCAAGAUUUUGAUGGAGUUGUGUGUAACGGGGCAUUGAAUUGGAUGGAAAAAUAUGAAACAAAUAGGAUGCAAUAUGUAUCAUCAUUAGACAUAUCAAGUGAGAAGCUUAGGGAAAGAAUUAAGUUGCCAUCCAAACCCAACAGGUGCAACAAGAAAAGACUCAACUGCAAGUUGUUAGCUUUCAAUGGAUUUCUUUGUUAUGCUAAUCCAAGCUCCAAGGAUAGGUUUGAUUUUUGGGUCUUGAGGGAUUGGGUUAAAUUUAAACCUAUUUGGACCAAGCAAUAUACAUUAAGCCUUUCGUCGAUGAUCUGCAAGCCCAAAACUUUGAAGAGUUUCCUUCAAGAUAGUUUUUUGCCUCUUGCAAUAUACCAAAAUGUCAACUCUUGUUCGGUAGAAAUCAUGAUACUAUUUUGCCGCAGGUUGUUUAUAUACAAUGUGAAGAGUAAAGAGUUGAGGGCUGAAGAAGAAGGAUUACUGGAUUCAAGCUCUCUUCCUUGUUUUUCCAAGUUUACUCAUCUUUUGUACUGGCGAUUAUAGCUCAUACCAGUAUAAGAAGAUAAGAGACAUUUGUUUUCAAGUUUAAUUCAAAUAAAGUA